AGCCUGUAGUUUAUCGCGCCUGUGGCACGACAUGCAGCACAACACAACUGAUUGUUACACAACACAUCUGGCUGUCCUAGUGUUCCCGUACAGUCGCGUUCACGUACGCCAACGCCAAUCAUGAACCAAGUCUGGGCGUCCACAGUCGCCGUAUUGGUCGUAUUCAGUUGUGUGUCGCGAAUCGACAGUUAUGAUAUAGUGUGUUUGUUGCCGCCGGUGAGCGGUACCUGCCACGGUGCCGAGAGCCGGUUCUACUUCGACACAUUCCAGAGCCAGUGCCUCAUCUUCCCCUACAGCGGAUGCGGAGGUAACUCUAACAACUUCGAGACGGAAGACGAGUGCAUGAAGGUGUGUCGGUUCCCCGUCUUUACCCCGACACCGCCGCAAAAUGGAGAUGGACACCACCACGGCCACGUGGUUGGGAAAUGGAAACAGCCUGGACACAGGCAGCAGACCGUGAAGACAGAUUGGACACAGGCACCAGAAGACACAGACUGUACUCAGGCACCAGAAGACACAGACUGUACUCAGGCACCAGAAGACACAGACUGUACUCAGGCACCAGGAGACACAGACUGUACUCAGGCACCAGAAGACACAGACUGUACUCAGGCACCAGGAGACACAGACUGUACUCAGGCACCUGGAGACACAGACUGUACUCAGGCACCAGAAGACACAGACUGUACUCAGGCAGCUGGAGACACAGACUGUACUCAGGCACCAGAAGACACAGACUGUACUCAGGCACCAGAAGACACAGACUGUACUCAGGCACCAGAAGACACAGACUGUACUCAGGCACCUGGAGACACAGACUGUACUCAGGCACCAGAAGACACAGACUGUACUCAGGCACCAGAAGACACAGACUGUACACAGGCAACAGAAGACACAGACUGUACUCAGGCACCUGGAGACACAGACUGUACUCAGGCACCAGAAGACACAGACUGUACUCAGGCACCAGAAGACACAGACUGUACUCAGGCACCAGGAGACACAGACUGUACUCAGGCACCAGGAGACACAAACUGUACUCAGGCAACAGGAGACACAGACUGUACACAGGCAACAGAAGACACAGACUAUAAACAGGCACCACAAGACACAGACUGUACUCAGACACCACAAGACACAGACUGUACUCAGGCACCAGGAGACACAGACUGUACUCAGGCACCAGCAGACACAGACUGUACUCAGGCACCAGGAGACACAGACUGUACUCAGGCACCAGGAGACACAGACUGUACUCAGGCACCAGCAGACACAGACUGUACUCAGGCACCAGCAGACACAGACUGUACUCAGGCACCAGAAGACACAGACUGUACUCAGGCACCAGAAGACACAGACUGUACACAGGCACCAGAAGACACAGACUGUACUCAGGCACCAGAAGACACAUACUGUACUCAGGCACCAGGAGACACAGACUGUACACAGGCAGCAGAAGACACAGACUGUACUCAGGCACCAGAAGACACAGACUGUACUCAGGCACCAGAAGACACAUACUGUACUCAGGCACCAGAAGACACAGACUGUACUCAGGCACCAGAAGACACAGACUGUACUCAGGCACCAGAAGACAGACUGGGCACAGGCGGCAGACCGCGAAGACAGACUAUGCUCAGGCAGCAGAAAACAGAGACUGUACUCAGGCACCAGAAGACACAGACUGUACACAGGCAGCAGAAGACACAGAUGGUACUCAGGCACCAGAAGACACAGACUGUACUCAGACACCAGAAGACACAAACUGUACUCAGGGUCCAGAAGACACAGACUGUACUCAGGCACCAGAAGACACAGACUGUACACAGGCAGCAGAAGACACAGACUGUACUCAGGCACCAGAAGACACAUACUGUACUCAGGCACCAGGAGACACAGACUGUACACAGGCAGCAGAAGACACAGACUGUACUCGGGCACCAGAAGACACAGACUGUACUCAGGCACCACAAGACACAGACUGUACUCAGGCACCAGAAGACACAGACUGUACACAGGCACCAGAAGACACAGACUGUACUCAGGCACCAGCAGACACAGACUGUACUCAGGCACCAGAAGACAGACUUGGCACAGGCGGCAGAAGACAAAGACUCUUGGACCGUUGACAUGAAGGCACUUACAGUAUUUAUUCUUUCUUUUACCACAGUUUGGGGGUUUGGUGCAAUUCCAGUGCCGGAACCAGGUGUACACGUCACACAUGGAAUAGGACCAGUUUGGGGGUUUGGUGCAAUUCCAGUGCCGGAACCAGGUGCCGUGUCAGGUAUACACAUCACACAUGGAAUAGGACCAGGUGCCAUUCCAGAGCCAGGCCAUAGGAUUGGAGCAGGGGUACUCCCAGAGCCGGGAUUUGGAGUAGGGGCGCUCCCUGAGCCAGGGCAUGGGAUAGGGGCAGGUGCCAUUCCCGAGCCAGGCCAUAGGAUUGGAGCAGGGGUACUCCCAGAGCCGGGAUUUGGAGUAGGGGCGCUCCCUGAGCCAGGGCAUGGGAUAGGGGCAGGUGCCAUUCCCGAGCCAGGCCAUGCGAUUGGAGCAGGAAUAGGAAUUCCAGAACCCGUCCCAGAAAAAGGCAUCGGUGGCAUCGGCAAUAUUCACAGUAAUGGUGGCAUCAACCGUAUCGGCGGUAUCGGCGGCAGGCUUGGCCGAGGGAGGGGUUUCGGAGGCAACAUCAUGGGCCUCAUCAGCCGUUUAGGGCAGUUUAACCCCCGCGCCCUCAGGCGUUUGUUGAUGGGUGGCGGUUUGGGCGGAUUAGGCGGUAUAUCGAACAGAAGAAGGCGUGUCAGGAACUGUAGACAAUGCCCCCGUCGGACCGUGUGCGAGUAUGUGGACCAAUGGACGGCCUACUGUGUGCCACGUGGCGGUAUAAAUGGCGGUCUCAAUGGCGGACUUCAAGGUGGACUCGGUGGUGCUAUCAUUGAUGGUCUCACAGGUGGAUUGGGUGGUGGGCUGAAUAGUAGAUUGGAUGGACAUGUCCAUGGACUGGGUGCACAUGUCGAUGGGUUGGGUGGACAAAUCAAUGGACUGGGUGGGCACGUUCAUGGACCGGGUGGGCACGUUCAUGGACCGGGUGGACAUGGACUUAAUGGACAAAUUAAUGGACUGGGUGGGCACGUUCAUGGGCCGGGUGGACAUGAACACGGACUUAAUGGACAAAUUAAUGGACCGGUUGGGCACGUUCAUGGACCGGGUGGACAUGAACACGGACUUAAUGGACUAGGUGGGCGCGUUCAUGGACCGGGUGGACACGUUCAUGGACUGGGUGUAGUUGGUGGACACCCCCAUGAACUGGGCGGAGGUCAUUUGGGUGGACUGAAUGGACACGCUGCUGGGCGUGGUGGGCACCCCCAUGAACUUGGUGGAGGUCGGAGCUCGUUUGGAAGAAGCAGCAAUCUGGCCGUUGAAAGUAAAAUUUGCCAUCUGAACCCGGACCCCGGCAACUGCAACAGCAACAUGUACACCCGCUACUACUACGAUGAGCAGCUGGGAGGCUGUCAGCGUUUCUCCUAUAGCGGUUGCGGCGGUAACAGCAACCGUUUCACCACCCUCAACCAGUGCAGACGGACCUGCGGGAGCGGAGCCGGGGGACGUGGCUAACUACGGCGGAAGUAGACGCUGUCAUUGUAGGGGGGUCAAGGGAGAUAACCCUCAUCCGAACGGGUGGGUCGUCUCAACGAUGAUAUGCUCUCCGUCAAUGCUUUAGUGAAGGCCAUAUUGUAUCUAAGCCACUUUGAGACAAUGUUCUAUGUUUUGUAUACCUUUUUUAACAGGCUGAAAUAUGAAUAUUUUCGAAAUAAAAUGAUAGAACCAA